AUGGAAGACACAUCACAUUUAGUUACACAUUUUAUGGCUGCUGGAGCUGAACAACGUUUAGAAGAUUAUCAUUUUUUACGAAAUAGUUUUGAAACAAUUAAUGGUCAAGAAUCACAAUUAAAUCGUAUUUUACGUAUGCUUGGUGAAGAUGAAAUAUUUCUUGGUUGGUAUUUUGAUACAACACCUAUUGGAAGAAUGCGACCACGAUCUUAUUAUGAAUUUGAUCGUAUAAAUGAGCCAAUAGUUUUACCAGGAAGUAUUGCUUAUCAACGUCUUCGUGAAAUGGAAAAAGAUGAUCAUAAAAAACGACCAUCAUCAUACGUAUCAUAUCAACGUCCUUAUCCAAAUCGUGAACGUCGAAAUCGAAUAAGUGAAGAACAUGAUAAUUCACCAGUUUCAAAUUCAGAUGAUGAUAGAGCAUCUCGUCUACGAGCUAAAGCUAAAUAUGAAGCUGAAUUAGCAGAAUAUGAUGAAAAACGACGUGCUAAAAAAAGUGUUCGAAUAAAAGAUGAUAAUGAUAAACCAGAUGAUAUUGAAUUAAUUUCAUUUACUGUUCGUUAUGAAGAUAUACCAUUAUCUAAUCAAAAUUCUCUAGGUCGUCUUGUAUGUGAAUGGAUAUCACCAAGUUCAUCAUCAGGUAUUGAUUAUUAUACAAUUGAACGACAAUUAGGUGAUAAAGAAUGGUUACCUAUUGAAGAAAAAAUUGAUAAAAAACAAAAUCAAAUUGAAUUAGAUAUAUCAUCAUUAAUUGCUAAUGAUAAUGAUGAUAAUAUUCCAUCACGUUUUCGUUUAAAAGCUCAUCUUGGUAAUGGAAAAAUAUUUACUAGUAAACCAACAGAUGAUAUAUACAUAAAUUCAAAAGAUAAAAAACAUAUUAUAAUACCUGAUGUUGAAAUUCUUUCGGCUAAUUCUGUUCAAUUAACAUGGAAAAAAGAUGAAAAUGAUACAAUAAAUAUGUAUGAUAUUGAAAAGAAAGAAGCAGGUCAAACAGAAUGGAUUAAAGUUACAAAAGUUCCUCGUUCACAAGGUUCAGCUAAAAUAGAUAAUUUAACUGAUGCUCAACAAUGCCAAUUUCGUUUGGUACCAUCAGAAUCACAACAAGCUGCAAAAUCAGACGAACCCGAACCAGACGUAUUGACCGUACAUAAUGUUAAUGAAUGGCUUAGUUCAUUACGUAUUGUACCAACAUCAUCAAAUACUGUUGAUGUUGAUAUUUCAGAAGAAGGCUUUAAAGAAUUCGAUCGAUAUAAAGUUGAAUAUACAACAAUCGAUCAAUUAGAUCAAUGGAAACAAAUGCCGGAUAUAACUCGUGAUAGUCCUCAUUUAACUAUUAACAAACUUGAACAAGAUACUAAUUAUAAAUUUCGUUUUACACCAAUUUUACGUGGAAUAACACCAGGAAAUGAAGCUAGUACUUCACAACUUUCACUUGUUCUUGAUGUUAAAAUGCCACCAUCACGCAAACCACGAUUGAUCAAAGAUGAAGCUAAAAAACGAGUUCCUCCUCCUCAAUUUGCUAUUCAUCAAACUGAUGCUACAAGUGUUCUUAUCGAAGCUAUUGUUCCUAAUGAUAAACCAGCUUCAUUUGAAGAUGUUUUUGAUGUUUAUUCAAAAAAAGAAACAGCUGAUGAUGAUUGGACUAAAGUUGGAACAAUUGAUAAAGAUCAUUUAAGUAUGACUAUUAAAAAUCUUCAAGAAAAUACGGCUUAUGCUUUUAAAAUACAUAAUCAAGCAUUACCAUUAUCUAAUGAUGAAAAUAAUAUUAUACAACAAUUUAAAUUUGAAACAGAUGCAGUUAAACUAUAUGAUCCAUCAUUAUUCUUGAAAAAAAUUGAACAAAGUUUGGAAAGUGUUGUUGGUGGUGUUAUGCGAGCUGCUGCUGGUCAUCAAGCUCUUGAGACUCCAGUAAAUAUAAGUUUAAAUGAAGUAAUUAAAGAAAUUUUUCUGGAUGAAAAUCUUGUACCUAAUGAACAAUAUGGUUUUGAUACAUUAGCAUUAACUAAUGAUUUACAAUUAUUUCGUGGUCCAAAACAAAUGAUGUUACAAGAAUUAAAAGGUAAUGAAACAAGUGAAACAUCAAAAGUUGAUGGUGAAAUUAUCAUACAUAAUUAUCGUUCAGCACAACAAGAACAAAAACCAGUUUUUGUACGAGAAGAAAAUGGUAAUACACGUGUUGGAAAUAUAGAUGGUGAUGUUAUUGUACGUAAUGUUGUAACAGAUGUUUUAUUAACAAAAGAAGAAACACAUAAUCAAUUAUCAAUGAAUAUUGUUGGACAAGCUUUUCUACGAGGUUUUCAAGGAAUCUUAAUUGCAUCAAACUUUAAAGGAAUUAUUGUCGUCAAAAAUGUAAAUAAGCCGUAA